CACCGCUCCUACACCUUGAUCUAUGAUGAGACGCUGGCUGGCAUAUCUGGUGCUGCCACUCACCACCUUUGCCGCGCCAGCAACCUCGGGCGCUGCUCCGGACUGGGUAUCGUGGGACGAUGAAACAUGGACGCUGACAUCGAAAAAGCCCUUGCCGGGCACCUUUACAGCUUGGCAGGCACAGACAAAUGGCUACAUAGGACUUGCGCAGGGUUCCCUUGGGCCGUUCUUCGAGCUGAGCCGCUUCAACGAUUCGGAGGGCUGGCCGUCUUACAGUGCUCCGCGGAGGACAUUCGCUACCGUCACGGGGUUCUGGGGCAGCGAGCCCAGCACAGACGAGCUGGAGCCCAGGGGCGAGAGCUUCAUCUCGGGACUGCCCCACUUCACCGACCUGCUCAUCCAGGCCUGUGGCGAUCUGCUUGACGGGUCGACUGACGUGGCGCAAAUCAGUGAUUUUACGUCCUCGCUCUCGUUCUCGGAAGGCAUAGCAACAUGGUCUUAUACGUGGCGUCCCCCUAGCUGCAGCGGCGAGGGCAUGGCCAUCUCGGUCAAGUACGAGUCGUUCUUAUCACUUGCUGAGCGACAGAUGGCGGCGGUGAAGCUGUCCAUAUCCAGCAGUUCAGCGUUUGACCAGGUGGUUAUUGUUGACAAGCUGGAUCAGCAGAGUGCGCUUCGUACGACGUCGGUUCCGCAGAAUAAGGGGGAUGCUCCAGCCGACGGUCUGGAGACCAUUUGGGCCGUUUCGCCUGUUGGCGUUGAGACCACUACCGCGUACAUCGUCUCGGUUUUGGGUGGUGACGUGCUGGGCCGCAAUGCGUCGGCAAGCUGCCUUGGCAGCAGCUGUAGUGAGCGGCCAACACUAAUGGCCAGCAAUAUAACCGAGGGUCAGGGGUCUGGGGCAAGCAGCAAAGAGUACCGGCUGCGCUCGAGCUCCCGCUCGGCCACGGUCUACAAGUACGUUGGUGUGGCCUCGACUGACCACUUUGGAGACGGCGCGGACGGCAUCGCAUCGGCGGCGGCCAGGCAGGCCAAGAGCCAGGGCUACGAGGUCGCCCGCAAAGCGCACAGCCAGGCUGUGUCACAGCUCAUGGCCAGCCCCUUGGUUGCCGACUUUCGAGACCCAGUGACGGGUGCUCUUCCACGAGACGGGAUGGUCCGGGCGCUCCAGAUCACGGCCAUUUCGUCGGCCUACUACCUUUACACCAACCUGCUGCCCUUUGAUCCGCAGGUUGACUCGGACCCGGGCAGUUGCAGGGCGUGCAACUCACUUAGCGUGGGCGGGCUCGCGUCCCAGGCCUAUGGAGGCAAGGUGUUCUGGGACGCCGACAUGUUCAUGGCGCCGGCCGCGCAGGGGACGCACCCGCGCCUAGCCCGGCAGUUUGAGCUCUACCGCAUCAAUCGGGCCGCCCAGGCGCGCCAGAACACGGACAGGCACGGCCUCAAGCCGGGCAGCGCGCUGUACCCCUGGACCAGUGGGCGCUAUGGACAGUGCUACAACACAUCGGCGCCUUGCGUCAUGUACCAGUACCACCUCAACGCCGACAUCGCGCUGAGCAUGAUCACGGCGAGGAAUACGAGCGGUGACGCCGCGUGGUUCGACAAGGGCGGCGCCGCCGACAUCCUGGACGGCAUAGCGAUGGGGCUGAGCGGCGUUCUGAGUCCCCGCAACGACACGGCGGCGCGGACCUGGGGCAUCGAUGUUAUGACCGACGCCGACGAGUACUACAUGUUUGUAUCGGACGGCUCCUUCACCUCUGCGGCCACGAGCGUGGUGCUUGAGAAUGCGGCCAACCUGCGGCGGCAGCGCGGCCAGGCGCUUGAGGAUCUGUGGGUCGAGCAGACGGGGAACAUGGCGAUGCCGACCUCUCCAGACGGGAGCAUCGUGCUCGAGUUCCGCGGUAUGCCCAACAGCAUCGUGUCCAAGCAGGCCGACGUGAUCCUGGCGCACUUCCCUUUCGACUACCGACUGGGCGGAUUUGAUGAGGCCAAACGUCGGGCCGCCAUGAACUAUUACGCCGUGCGCCAGGAUGCCGCGGGCCCGGCCAUGACGUGGGGCAUGUACGCCGUGGCGGCCAACACGCUUGCCCAGUCGGGAUGUGCCUUCUGGACCUUCCUAGUCAAGUCCUUCGAUCCCUACCUGCGCAUGCCGUGGUACCAGUACUCGGAGCAGCAGGACGACCAUUCGAAAGCGGUAGACCCGCUCACGGGCAACCCCAUGCACCCGGCCUUUCCCUUCCUGACGGGCCACGGCGGGCUGCUGCAAACCCUGGCGGCGGGCUUCUUGGGGCUCAAGGUCACUGAUUCCAGCUUGGUGGUAAUGCCGUCCCUGCCGCCGCAGCUCGAGCACUUCAGGCCACCGGUGCAGUUUUAUAACGGCGCCGUUGUCGAGUUCCGCAUGAACCGGACGCACACCCUGAUCACGCGCCUUGACGCCUCGCUGUUUGACGGCCUUGCCCCAGACCAGUACGGCAAGGUGGGCGUCGAUAUGCCAAUCACCAUCGGCCACAGCGUGCAGGAUCCAGACGGCCAGAUCGUCCGUCUAGCCAUCAACCAGACCGUCGUCGUCAAGAACCGGGUCUACGACGACAGCCUCGACGUGGCGGGCAACGUCCUGCAGUGCCGCGACGCCACGUCGCGAGAGCCCACACAGCCGGGGCAGUACCCCUUUGCGGCGACGGACGGAUACUCGGGCACGGCCUGGCAGCCGACGACGGACGAUGCGUCGGCGACACUGACGGUGAACACGUCGUCGCUGCCACCGACACGGCUCGGGGCCGUGCACCUAGACUUUGGCAUGCGGCCGCCCAGGAGCGUCAAGCUGCUGCUGUCUAACAGUAGCAGCGUCUCGGCGACAGAAGCUGCCGUGCAUUCCGUCGUUACUAUCUCGCAGCCCUGGGACCCGGCGUCGCCAGUCGUGCCCUAUGCGGGCAAUACGACGAUUAUCGCGCUGGGGGAUCACAUCUGGAGCGGGGCGUAUGCGCACCUGGUAGUGGAGGGUUGCUGGGCGGGUGACGGGCUCGGGGCCACAGUGGCCGAGUUUGCGCUGGUGGCAAGCAGCGUGUAAGAGGGUCUGCUAACGUCAACUGGGGAAGGUUGGCUAGACAUGCCUAAUUGGGCCAACCCAGUAAAAGCAGACCGCCUGUAGCUCAAAGCACAACCCACUGCAUUGGAUAUCAAACCUGUAGCCAGUGCUUCAGGCGACCCGUUCUAAAAACAUACCGCUUCAACUCACUUCACACUCACGGCCGCUAAAACUCAAUUGAGCACCCUCCCCGCCGAGUUGCGCACUGAGAUCUGGAGCCUCACACUCCUCCCCUCCUCAGGCGUUUGUCGGUGCGACCCGUCCAAGUUUAUCUGGACCCGCAGGGGCUCCCGACAGCCACACGAGGUCGAGGUCGAGGACGCGCGGUGGCUGGUUCCGAAGUGCCGCUACCCCACCAUCGCGCACUUGUGCCGCGAGUCGCGUCUCUUCGCCGUGAGCGUUAUGGAUAAGGAGGUGAGGGAGAACUCGUUCUUCUACUGCAUCGGGCAGGAUACGCGCCUUUUCAUCCCCGAGAUCGAUACCUUUUGGCUCGACGAUGACGGCGAAUACGGUGCGACCCUGAGCAAUCACAUCGUCUGGCACCCGUGCGGCGCCAUCGGCAGCCAGGCCCGCGCCAUCCGGAAUCUCGCCGUGUCAAUAGCGCUUCUCCAACCGCGCCGGCCGGAAGAACACUUCACGUGCUGGGACACGUAUAGAUACCGAUGUGUUGGGCAUUUUAGCAGCCUACAACGCGUCGACGUCGUGUUUGGACGCGUGCCGAUGGAGACGCGAUUCGAUGGUUACAAGACGGAUAGGGACUGCUGGGAGGCCGCGGCCCGGGGAGAGGUCCGGGAAGAGGCCAUGGAACAACACGACGGCAAUGUCGUUCUUACGGGGAUGUACGACGUGCCGGAGCUACGGCCGGUAAAGGAGUUGCAGGGGUCGGGCUUCGAAACUGCUGGGUCAUCGGCGGAUGAGGACCACGACCGAGACCUAGGAGCCGUUAAGGAGAAAUUGGAUAAGGUACGCGCUGACGUGUACGAAGUCUUUCAACGGGAGGCUGUGUAUGGGCAAAGUCGGCGCUACUGCGGUCCCAGGGGUAUAAGGGGCAACGGCCACACGCCGCCAAGGUCUACCCCUGGUGGGAGAAGGAUCUGUCUAAGAUCACGUUCUACGCCUCACGCAUGGCCGAGACGGCUAGGUUCCGGGAACGAACGAUUCGCAAAUCCUUUACUUCGUGGUAAUUGGUAAUUUUCCGAUGACAGCCGUGAUAACCUCCCGCCACCGGGCGUGCUGCCGAAACAGGGAGGUUCGGAGUACCUUUCUGAGCUACCGGAUAGUAACUACCUACCUAGGUUCCCAGGCAGUCGUUCCUGUAUCUUCUAGGUUGAGGGGCACUGCUGUAGUGCUUUACUGACCAGCAAUAGUUAGUGGUUAUUUGGUAUCUGCGCAUAUAGUCGUCCAUCCCGAAAGAACUGCCCCCCAAGCUUGGACUGAGUGCCAGCCCUGAGCUGCCGCCACUACAACCUGAGCAUGGGCGGCAUAGGGGUGGAGGGGUCUUUGAAGAUGCAGAUGAGCUGGA